UCAAUGUUAUUUCAGGUGAGAUGAUGGGAAAUUUGCCAAUCAUACCUCCAAUUCCCCCUAACGAUCUGAAAAGAACAAUUGAAAAUGCACAAGAUAGCGAUUUUGAUUUAGAUGAAUUAGCAUCUGAAAUGGAAAUUGUAACUGGAAAUCAAUAUACUGUAUGUACCAGCAUUAUGGUGGUUUAUGCUCUUGCGAAAGAAGGUAAAAAUUGGAAUGAAACUGACUUGAUACUCCUGUUGGUUGUUAGGGAUGAAUUUACCAAAGUUAAACGGAGUUUGUUGUCACUUGAAUAUGUUUCCCUUGAUAAAUAG